ACCAAGUCGAUUUUAUUUACAUAUAAACAAAGGAAAACAAAAGAAACGAUAAAAUAACAAAAAAUUAAAAAAAUAAUAAACAAUGUAUAGCAACAAAUUAUUUGUUUUAUUUGCUCUAACUGUGACCAUUGUCAACGCAAUGCCGAAUGAGGAACAAUUAGUAGGCGGCAUUCGUCCCGCAGAUUUUACAAAAGCUGAAGAAGAACUCAAUGCAUCACUCAAAAAGUUAGCAGCUGGCGAUGGUCCCAACUACACACUUGGUAAAAUUUACUCUGCUGAGACUCAGGUUGUUGCUGGCACCAUGACUAGAAUUGUUGCGGAUCUUAUUGAUGCUGAUGGCAAGACCAAAAAGUGCAAAGUUUCCAUCUGGAGUCGUUCUUGGUUGCCCAAUGGUAUUGAGGUCACUUUUGAGUGUGACGGUGAAGAAAAAAUUGUUAGGAAGCACGAUGCUUAGUGGGUAAAUUGUGUUAAGCAUUUUCUUAUAUUAUUACAACAAUCAAAAUUAAUAAACGGUUCGUUUUUAUAUAAACUGAAAUAAACUGAGUCAUAAUGUAUACUCGAAAUUUAAA